CAGUGUAUGUGUAUCUGUAUAGGACACAUGAGAUGGCCACAGAUGACAAACAGUCUCCAACACCGGACUCUGUCAGUGAUCUUCCUCGCUCUCCUAGCAGUCCCUCUCAUCUCACUCACUUCAAACCCUUGACUCCUGAUCAGGAUGAACCUCCAUUUAAAUCUGCCUACAGCUCAUUUGUAAAUCUCUUUCGUUUUAGCAAAGAUGAUGGUAGGCUCUCAUCUGCUGCAGAGAGAGCAGAAACUGGAUCGAGUGAUCCACAAGCACUGAGUGGGACAUGGGCCAGUCCUCAGCAUCCCUCCCGAACACAGUCUCUGAGGUCGCCUGUUCCUUAUAAAAAGCAACUCACUGGUGAACUACAAAGAAGGUCUUCCGCAACCUUAGAAAAUCAAAGGAAAGUGGAACCCUCUCUUGGAGGUCAUGAUCCUCGAACAGCAGUUCAACUAAGGAGUCUCAGCACAGUCUUAAAACGCCUCAAAGAAAUCAUGGAGGGGAAAAGUCAGGAUAGUGACUUGAAGCAAUAUUGGAUGCCAGAUAGCCAGUGCAAAGAAUGUUAUGACUGCAGUGAAAAAUUUACCACCUUCCGGCGCAGACACCACUGUCGGCUGUGCGGGCAGAUCUUCUGCAGCCGGUGUUGCAACCAGGAAAUUCCUGGGAAAUUUAUGGGUUACACAGGGGAUCUCCGAGCAUGCACAUACUGCCGCAAAAUAGCCCUAAGCUAUGCACACUCCACAGACAGUAACUCUAUUGGUGAAGACUUGAAUGCCCUGUCUGAUACUGCCUGCUCUGUGUCUGUGCUGGACCCGGGUGAGCCACGAACGCCAGUUGGAAGUAGAAAAACUAGCCGCAACAUCUUUCUGGAGGAGGACCUCACUUGGCAAAGUUUGAUUCACCCAGACUCUUCGGCUUCCACAUUGUCAGCGCGCCUUGUCUCUGUUCAGGAGGAUUCAGGGAAGUCUCCUGCUAGAAACAGAUCUGCCAGCAUUACUAACCUGUCAUUGGAUCGAUCUGGUUCACCCAUGGUGCCUGCAUACGAGACAUCUGUCAGUCCCCAGGCUAAUCGUACAUAUCUGAAAGUGGAAGCCAAUGAAGAUGAGCGUAAAAUUCUUUUGGACUCAGUACAGUUAAAAGACUUGUGGAAAAAAAUUUGCCAUCAUAACAGUGGAAUGGAGUUUCAGGACCACCGUUAUUGGUUGCGGACACAUCCAAACUGCAUUGUAGGAAAGGAACUGGUCAACUGGCUCAUCAGAAAUGGGCACAUUACCACAAGAGCUCAAGCCAUAGCAAUAGGACAGGCAUUGGUAGAUGGACGCUGGCUGGAGUGUGUCAGUCACCAUGACCAGAUCUUUAGAGAUGAAUAUGCUCUGUACAGGCCAUUACAGAGCACAGAGUUUUCAGAAACUCCCUCUCCAGACAGUGAUUCAGUGAAUUCUGUAGAAGGGCACUCUGAGCCAUCAUGGUUCAAAGACAUCAAAUUUGACGACAGUGACACAGAACAGAUUGCUGAUGAAGGGGAAGAUAACUUGGCCAACUCCGCCAGCCCUAGCAAGCGCACCUCAGUCAGCAGCUUCCAGUCCACAAUGGACAGUGACUCAGCCGCUUCCAUCAGCUUGAACGUGGAGUUGGACAACGUGAACUUCCAUAUCAAGAAGCACUCCAAGUACCCACAUGUGCCCCCUCACCCUGCUGACCAAAAAGAGUACUUGAAUCCUGACAACGGAGGGCAACAGAUGAUUUCAAUAAGUGACGCUUUCAUCAAAGAAUCAUUGUUCAAUCGGAGGGUGGAGGAGAAAUCCAAGGACCUGUUUUUCACUCCUUUAGGCUGGCAUCACAGCAAUCUGGAUCUGUUGAGGGAAGAGAAUGGGGAGAAACAAGCCAUGGAGAGGCUGCUCUCUGCUAAUCAUAACCACAUGAUGGCACUGCUUCAGCAACUGCUCUACAAUGAGUCGCUGUCCGUUUCCUGGAGGGACAUUAUUGUGCCAGUGGUCUGCCAGGUGGUUCAGACUGUCAGACCUGAUGUCAAGAACAGAGAUGAUGAUAUGGAUAUCCGCCAGUUUGUCCAUAUAAAAAAAAUCCCAGGUGGAAAGAAGUUUGAUUCUAAUGUGGUAAAUGGCUUUGUUUGCACCAAGAAUGUUGCACACAAGAAGAUGAACUCCUGUAUUAAAAAUCCCAAAAUUCUUCUACUGAAGUGUUCCAUCGAAUACCUUUACCGGGAGGAGACAAAGUUCACCUGUAUAGAUCCUAUUGUUCUCCAGGAAAGGGAGUUCUUGAAGAACUAUGUGCAGCGGAUAGUAGAUGUCAGACCUAAUUUGGUCCUAGUUGAAAAGACUGUAUCUCGAAUUGCCCAAGACAUGCUGCUGGAACAUGGCAUCACUCUGGUUAUCAAUGUCAAGCCACAAGUAUUAGACCGGGUGAGUCGGAUGACCCAAGGAGACCUGGUGAUGUCAAUGGAUCAAUUAUUGACCAAACCACACUUGGGAACCUGUCACAAAUUUUACAUGCAAGUGUUCCAGCUACCUAAUGAUCAGACAAAAACCUUAAUGUUUUUUGAGGGGUGUCCACCACACUUGGGCUGCACAAUCAAGCUACGUGGUGCUGCAGAGUAUGAACUGUCCCGAGUGAAGGAGAUUCUUAUCUUCAUGGUCUGCGUGGCUUAUCAUUCCCAGCUUGAAAUCUCUUUCCUCAUGGAUGAGUUUGCUAUGCCCCCCACCCUAACUAAAAACAGCUCCUUUCACUCUCUGAUUGAAGAGCAAGAGGACGACAUUGAGCAGCAGAACCUAUUCAAUGGUGAGGAGUUUAGCACAAUGAGCAGAGAUGGUGAACUUUCCUCUGACAAACUACCUGUGAUCUCUGAAUUUGUCACUUCUGAUGAGGUUGGUUCAUUAGAGCAAAGAACAUUAUUUGAAGAUGAUGUCCUGCAAGAGUUGUCUUCUUUAAAACAGCAGGAGCACCUCAACACGGAGCCUCCAUUUUUAGCAUCAAGUUCUUUUGUAGCUCCAAUGCCAGAAUCCCUGCUGCCCUUCCAUGGUUUGGAUGAACAUCCAGGCACACUGGAUGGUCAGCCACUGGAGACUCUGCAGCAGCAAGAGGACCUGCAGGAUUCCAAAAGCCAUAUGAGAGUCUUUAGAGACCCUCUGCAGGAUGACACUGGAUUGUAUGUUGCAGAGGAGGUAACGUCCUCUGAGGACAGACUCAAGGCUUAUUCAGCAGCAUUUAAACAAGAGCUGAAAGAUCUUAUUCUCUGCAUUUCCCCUGUAAUUGCGUUCCGUGAACCAUUUCUUUUAACUGAGCAGGGCAUGAGGUGCCCUACCCGGGAAUACUUCCCAGAGCAGGUCUAUUGGUCACCACUGCUCAACAAAGAGCAUAAGGAACUGGAGAGCAGGCGGAAGAAACAGCUACUGAGGGAUCUGUCUGGCUUGCAGGGGAUGAAUGGAAGUGUCCAAGCCAAAGCGAUCCAAGUCUUGCCUUCCCAUGACUUGGUUAACACUAGAAUUGCAGAGCAUGUGGGUGAUAGCCAAAGUUUGGCCAGAAUGCUGGCAGAUUACCGGGCAAGAGGUGGAAGAAUACAGCAGAAAAACAUGGACCCUUUUGCUCAAUAUAAGGAUGUAGCUGGUGGAAAAGUUGGAGGUAGAAAUGAAGAUGACGAGAGGGGAUUGGAUCAGAGUGAAUCUGUAUGGUCUCACAAGGUGGACUGUCUGAGUCCAGUGAACCAUCAGAGGCUCUGUGUUCUUUUCAGUAGCUCUUCUGCUCAGUCCAGCAAUGCUCCAAGUGCCUGUGUUAGUCCAUGGGUUGUGACAAUGGAGUUCUAUGGAAAGAAUGACCUCACUCUAGGAGUCUUUUUAGAACGGUAUUGUUUCAGGCCUUCCUACCAGUGCCCCAGCAUGUUUUGCGAAACACCUAUGGUACACCACAUUCGUCGCUUCGUCCACGGGCAAGGCUGUGUUCAGAUUGUACUGAAAGAGUUGGACUCCCCAGUCCCUGGAUACCAGCACACAAUCCUUACCUACUCCUGGUGCAGACUGUGCAAGCAGGUGACACCAGUUGUCCCACUGUCUAAUGAUUCUUGGUCUAUGUCAUUUGCAAAAUACCUUGAGUUAAGAUUCUAUGGGCUCCAGUAUACCCGAAGGGCCAAUGCAGAGCCUUGUGGUCACUCCAUACACCAUGACUAUCACCAGUAUUUUUCCUAUAAUCAGAUGGUGGCGUCUUUCAGCUAUUCUCCUAUCCAGCUGCUGGAGGUGUGUGUCCCACUCCCCAAAAUCUACAUCAAACGACAAGCUCCAUUAAAGGUUACCAUUUUGCAGGACCUGAAGGAUUUCUCUCAAAAAGUUUCACAGGUAUAUCUUGCUGUUGAUGAUCGCCUCACCUCUUUGAAAACGGAUACUUUCAGCAAAACAAGGGAAGAGAAGAUGGAAGACCUUUUUGCACAAAAGGAGAUGGAGGAGGUAGAGUUCAGGAACUGGAUUGAAAAGAUCCAAGCAAGGCUGCUGUCAUCAUCAUUGGACACCCCUCAGCAGCUUCAGUCAGUUUUUGAGUCUCUGAUAGCCAAAAAGCAGGGGCUCUGUGAGAUGCUGCAAGCAUGGAAUAACAGAUUACAGGAUCUCUUCCAACAAGAGAAAGGGAGAAAACGUCCUUCAGUACCACCUAGCCCUGGAAGACUGAGGCAAGGGGAAGAAAAGGUCAGUGUGAUGGAUGCUUCUCCCCGCAAUACUUCUCCAGCACUACAGAAUGGAGAGAAAGAAGAUCGUUUCAUGACUACCCUGUCAAGUCAGAGCUCCACAGGCUCCACCCAUCUCCAGCUGCCUACUCCUCCUGAGGUUAUGUCAGAGCAACUGACAGGGGGGUCCUCUUUUGUCAGUACAGUUCCUGAACAAGAACCUACCAGCACCUCAGAAGAUGUGUUUGAUGGACACUUGUUGGGGUCUACAGACAGCCAGGUGAAGGAGAAAUCUACUAUGAAAGCCAUUUUAGCAAACUUGUUGCCUGGAAACAGCUACAAUCCCAUUCCAUUCCCUUUAUGUCUAUCAAGAUUCAUACCAAUGUUGGCUAGAUAUAGUGACCCAGAUAAACACUACCUAAUGUAUGAACAUGAACGUGUACCAAUUGCAGUCUGUGAAAAGGAGCCCAGCUCCAUUAUAGCUUUUGCUCUCAGUUGCAAGGAAUACAGAAAUGCCCUGGAUGAGUUAUCCAAAGCAUCUCUGAAGAACAGUACUGAAGAAGGACUUCAGUCAAACAGUAUGUCGGACAACAAGCCAAAGAACAGCAGUCCAGUCAGGUUACCAGAGAUGAAUGCAGGGCAGCCAAGCCGUACAGCAGAAGCAGAGCAGCCCAAAAAGGCUUCUGGAGUUCUGUCCUUUUUCCGUGGUACAGGAGGGAAGAGCCCUGACCUGUCUUCUCAGAAGAAAGAGACCUUGCGUGGUGCGGACAGUGCCUAUUACCAAGUUGGGCAAAUGGGCAAAGAGGGACCAGAGAACCAAGGAGCAGAGCCUCAAGAUGAAGUGGAUGGAGGAGAUGCACAAAAGAAACAGCUAGUGAAUCCCCAUGUAGAACUUCAGUUUUCAGAUGCUAAUGCAAAGUUCUACUGCCGGAUUUAUUAUGCUGGAGAGUUCCACAAGAUGCGUGAAGUGAUUCUUGGGAGCAGUGAGGAGGACUUUAUCCGUUCCCUCUCUCACUCUGUGCCCUGGCAAGCUCGUGGAGGCAAGUCAGGAGCUGCGUUCUAUGUGACAGAAGAUGAUAGAUUCAUUUUGAAACAGAUGCCUCGUUUGGAGGUCCAGUCUUUCCUAGAUUUUGCCCCACAUUACUUCACCUACAUCACUAAUGCUGUUCAGCAGAAGAAGCCAACAGCACUGGCCAAAAUCCUUGGAGUUUACAGGAUUGGGUAUAAGAAUUCUCAAAACAACACUGAGAAGAAACUGGAUCUGCUUGUCAUGGAAAACCUAUUCUAUGGCAGAAAAAUGGCUCAGGUGUUUGACCUGAAGGGCUCGCUCCGGAAUAGAAAUGUGAAAACUGACACUGGGAAGGAAAGCUGUGAUGUUGUCCUUUUGGAUGAAAACCUCCUGAAGAUGGUACGGGACAACCCGCUGUACAUCCGAUCCCAUUGCAAAGCUGUUCUGAGAGCUUCCAUCCACAGUGAUUCGCACUUUCUUUCCAGUCAUCUUAUUAUUGACUAUUCUUUGCUGGUGGGUCGUGAUGACACCAACAAUGAGCUGGUGGUUGGGAUCAUUGAUUACAUUCGUACCUUUACCUGGGACAAAAAGCUUGAAAUGGUGGUGAAGUCAACAGGCAUCUUAGGAGGACAAGGUAAAAUGCCAACCGUGGUCUCUCCAGAAUUGUACCGCACACGGUUUUGUGAAGCAAUGGACAAGUAUUUCCUGAUGGUGCCAGAUCAUUGGACAGCACUCGGUCUGAAUUGCUAAGCUGAAAUGCACAAGUUGGCUUGGGCUGGAAAGCAUUUUCUUAUGCAAGAGGACAAAGGUGCCGUGGACUCUACUUUCCUUUUCAGUCUACCCAGUGGUGGGCACUGGGGUCUCAAACCAACUGCACUGGCCACACACAUCCGAAGUGUAAAAUCUGUUUUAUCUGCACUUUAAUCUCUGACAUAGGAGGAAUAACAGAUGAGGCCGGCAGGUAGAAUUCGGUCUUAUCAAGGUAGCUGAGCUGGAAUGUGCUAUUUGAGGGCAUUGAGAAUAAGAUUUUCUCAGCCAUAGGAAAGAUGGCAUCUAAUAUGGUACUGUACCCUGUCCCCAUAACAGAGCACUGAAACUAGAUGCUGUCUUGUUCAUGUUGGUAUCAUUUUUGCAUAGAAGUAGGUGAGCUCUGCAAGUCUUGCACUCCUUGUAUAGUGGCUAAUAUGAACUUUUUACAUUUCUAUAGUGGGUAUGUAAGAUUCUCACAGUGUUUUGUGUGAUAUUUCAGGGGAUACAGCAGGCUUUGAAAUAAUAACCCUAUUCGUGUUAGAGCUAAGUCAACCCAUAGCAAAGUUCAUGACCACUGCAGUGGUCUGAAGCUGCCUUUAUAAGAGUUGAAGUGGGUUAUUUGUUCUGUUAUGUCCUUUACAGGCUUAGUUAACAGGUAUCUGUAAACAACGUGUUUUAAUCGGCUAUACCUAACAUGUUCAGUUAGAUCAUUGCAUCUUUAUGCUUUUAUACAAUUAAGUGCAUUUUUCUGCAGUUAAAUUAAGACCUUGAGGAUAAGUUUAGGUCUUUGGCAAACUUCCAUUAAAAUGGAGCUGCUGUAUGUUUCAGAACACUGCA